AGCUGAUGAACAUCAUCCCGGGCUACUACCACGGCCGCUGCUCGCCUCUCCUCACGCCCUCCUCGCCACCGGCUCCUUGACUUUGAAAGUGCUCAGUGGGAAAAACCCGGAGGCUGAAAGCCAUCCCGUGCGCGGGCACGAGGCUGCGCGGCUGCGCGGCUGCGCGCUCCCGAGUCCCGGCGGCCGGAGCGCAGACUCGGAGCUGCGGAGAGACAGCACUCAGCUCAGACUCAGCCAUGCCGCGCCCGGACCGGGUCACCUACCUCAGAUGAUCGCCAGCGGCCACGUGUCGGAGCUGUUGCAGCAAGGCAGCAUCAUGGAGGCUGGAUGCGUGGUUGCCGCGGUGAUUGAGAACGCUGCCUCAGGACCCCCGGGAGAAACAGGAAGUAGUGACGCCCUUGAGGGUGAUGCGCUACCGUCUACUGAGCUGAAUAUGAAUGAUGCCUUAACUCAAGACACCAACAGUAAUCCUCCAGAAGAUAAGCAGCCACAAGAGACUUCAACCGCCAUGGUGAGGAGCGAUGACGCCACAGACCACCCGGGCGAGCCCCUCUUGCGCUCCUGCAUCAGCACGGCAAGCAUGAAGGUCAAGAACAUGAAGAAGUUAACUUUCCCCAGAGGUCACUUCCCCAGAUUGGCAGAGUGUGCCCAUUUCCACUAUGAGACUGUUGAUUUUGGCAACGUUCAGCUGGCCUUUGCAGAGGGGCAGAGUGAAGGACCAAAGGCGGGUCUGGACUCCAAAGAACUGCACUUUCUGGUCCAGAUCACUUGUCAGGGCCGAAACUGGCUGGUGAAGAGAUCUUAUGAAGACUUUCGGGUUCUGGACAAACACUUGCACUUGUGUAUCUAUGAUCGCCGUUACUCCCAGCUCGCUGAACUGCCACGAUACAACACAGUGAAGGACACCGUCGAGUCAGUCACCACGAUGUUGGCGACGUACCUGUCUCGCUUUUCUGCCAUCGCCGACAACAAGAUCAACUGCGGUCCGGUACUGACGUGGCUGGAGAUCGACAACAAGGGGAACCAUCUCUUGGUGUCGGAAGAAGCUUCGAUCAACGUUCCCGCCAUCGCUGCCGCCCACGUCACCAAACGUUACACGGCUCAGGCCACGGACGAGUUAACCUUUGAGGUGGGGGACAUCGUGUCGGUCAUCGACAUGCCUCCUAAAGAAGACACAGGUUGGUGGAGAGGGAAGCACGGCUUUCAGGUCGGCUUCUUCCCGUGCGACUGUGUCGAGCUGAUAAAUGACAAGAUUCCCCCAAGCGUUCAAAACUCAGUGCCAAAGCCAGUGUGCAAGAAGCACGGGAAGCUCGUGACCUUCUUGAGGACUUUUAUGAAGUCCCGGCCGCCGCCGCAGAAGCUCCGGCAGCGCGGCAUCCUCCGAGAGCGAGUGUUCGGCUGCGACCUGGGGGAGCAUCUGCACAACUCAGGACUCGAGGUCCCACAGGUGGUUAAAUGUUGCGCAGAUUUCAUCGAGAAGAACGGCGUUGUGGACGGGAUCUACAGACUCUCAGGAAUCUCCUCCAACAUUCAGAAACUGAGGCAUGAGUUUGACUCUGAACAGAUCCCAGACCUGAGCAAAGACACCUUCAGACAGGAUAUCCACUCAGUGGGCUCCCUCUGCAAGCUGUACUUCAGAGAGCUGCCCAAUCCUCUGCUCACCUACCAGCUGUACGAGAGAUUCUCAGAGGCUGUGUCUGCAGCUACGGAUGAAGAGAGGCUGGUGAAAAUCCACAAUGUCAUCCAGCAGCUGCCUCCACCCCAUUACAGGACUCUUGAGUUUCUCAUGAGGCACCUGUCCCGUCUGGCCACCUUCAGCUCCAUCACAAACAUGCACACCAAAAACCUUGCGAUUGUUUGGGCGCCCAAUCUGCUCAGGUCCAAACAGAUAGAGUCGGCCUGUUUUAGUGGGACAGCAGCUUUCAUGGAGGUGCGCAUCCAGUCGGUGGUGGUGGAAUUCAUCCUCAACAACACGGAGACUCUGUUCAGCUCAAAACUCAACACUAUAAUACGAGAAAGCGCUGGCAAAAACACCUUAUCGCGGCCAAAGUCCCUGAUGGUCUGCUCCCCGUCUACGAAGCUGCUGUCUCUGGAGGAGGCCCAGGCUCGCACUCAGGUCCAGCUGGGCUCGCCGGCCACCACCCCCUGCCUCACCCACAGCGACUACAUCGAGGUCGGGGAGGGGCCCGAGGCUCUGCUCGGCAAGUUCCACACCGUCAUCGAGCUCCCCAUGGAGAGCAAGCGGCCUCCCGCCAAGGCUAAGAAGUCUCCAGUGGGGAACUGGCUCUCCUUUUUCCACUUAGGCAAGUCCCACUCUGUGUCCAAGCGUAAGCUGAAGCGACACCCCAGUGAACCUAAUGAGAUAAAGAGCAUCGCGCUGCCAGGCGGACGAGGACAUAGCGGCACGCUGCGCUCGACUAAAAGUGAAGAAUCUCUCACGUCUUUGCAAAAUUUCGAAGGGGAGCCUCCGAGUUACCGCCCCCUCAGACCUCGUUCGACUAGCGAGGCCAUCGCUGCCGUCAGCAGAGAGGACCUGCGCAGCAGCAGAAGCAAAGACCACUGCAGAAGCCAUCAAAAGACUGAGAGUCAUAAUGACCCCGAGCGAGUUUCCGCGGCGGCGCACGUUUCCUCUCCACACUCGGAGGAUGACCUCGACCUUUUCCCUCCAGCCGCAGGCAUCUCCACUUUAGACUUUGACCCCAUGUCGUUUCAGUGCAGCCCGCCGUCGGCGACUCCCGCGCUGCAGCACAGCAAGGAUGGACUUAAGUGGAGACGGGGGGUGGGAUGCUCCAAUGAGUCGGAGCCCGUCUCCCCUCCUAAUAACAACGUGAGCUCACACUCUCCAGAUGUCAGCCCCAUUCUCAGUAAAGGUGUGAGGGCGGUCACUUCCAAGCAGCUCUCGCCUAAGCUGAGGAAGAAAUCGUCUAAAAUGCAGGCGGAUGCUCAGACUGUCUCCGCCUCUCUGCCCGCUGACACAUCCUCUUCCGUGGAGAAGUCCGGGGCUCUGGCCGCGGUCGGACGAGAAUCGAAGACGUCCUUUCAGCACUGCAGCCCGCUCAGCACGGCGAGUCAGGCGUCGGCCGUGGCGGACCUCAGUCAGUCUGCACAGAACCUGCCUGAUCCAGGAACAGAUAGACUUAUGAGUUCAGUGUCUGUUCUCCCUCCUCACCCUUCCUUGACGAGUGCUGCACGCAAGUUGGCUUUGGCUCUGGCCGAGUCCGCCCAGAAGGCCAGCGGCGUCCCGCAAAGAAAAAGCAGCGCUCCAAUGCAUCCUUUCCAGAACCAGGAAGGACCUCUGGCCCGCGACAGGCUGCAGAGGCCCUCCGUCCUGGAUCUCCGAGUGCACCCGCAGGAGUACUGCAGCCCUCGCCUCUCCCAGUGGCAGGCGUCGGCGCGCAGCCCCGCGGAGAGCCCGUGCUGCCCUCAUCCUGUUCAUUUCACACCUGCGCACCCCGGAUCGGGGCCCGGCGACGGUCAGGAGAGCGCGUGCAAUUUCACUCCUAACGUCAGCCCACUGGGGUCGGGGAGCUUUGACGAAGGCGGUGCAGAGAGGGGGGAGCGCGGAGAGGAAGGAGAGCCCGGAGACGCCGCACAAACAGAGCACACUUAUCAGAGCGUCGGCGUCUCCACGCCCGAUCAGCCCUUCUGCUCGGCCCAGAGCAUGUCACCUUCUCCCGUAUAUGCCAACACAGACUCGGUGGAUGUUUUCAACUUCCGUGCCGUUCUAGCAGAAUCUUCAAUGCCCGCAUCCAUUGAGGAGAUUUUCCCACGUCCGUUACAGACCUCCACAGCCCGUCUCUACAGCCCAGAAGAGGAGAGGCCGCUGGGAAUGGCUGAGGAGGUCUACAGUAAGCAUUAUCAUCACCACCACCAUCACCACCAACCGGCUCACGCAGGACUCGUGCCUGCGUCUCACUGCCCUCGGCCCAGCGCUUUGCCCUUUCACCUCUCCGGACCUAAAGGUUUGUACAGGCAGUCCUCCGAGAGCCGCUAUAGCACUUUAGGUUUGAGGCACCCGUUGUCGCCUCAAUACAGGCGCUACCAGAAGGAGGAGCACUUCACAAGCGGCUGCCACCGGCAGCUAGGGCCGUGGCAGAGGUCUGAGGACAGAGUAGUCGUGCACCCGGCCAUCCGCAGGGCUCGCUCCUUCCACGCCCCUCAGGUUAGUCGCUACGAGUUAGCGGAUACCGACGUUCUGCCCCCCGACGCCAUGUUUUACGUGGAGCAAAUGGCCAACAGGGAGGUGCCGUACCAGAGACUGGUCCGGACCGGCCUUCACCCCGUACACGCCGACUACUACUACCAACCCCGCGCAGUUAUGAACCCCGGAGAUGGCCCGCGUUUUUCCGUAGAACCCUUCCGCCAAAGUGGCAUCCAUCACAGUCAGUCCAACACCGCGCGGUCCGCCAGAGAGGGCGGCCAAUCGGAUUACUACAACUACUCCCCGCUCCACGCUCCGUUAAACAGAGAGCUUUACAUAGAGAGCAGAGACACGGUCGUUUACCAGGCCAGGGAUGCAGAAGUUUUUGAAAGAGUGGUGUAUCAGCCCGUCAAGCAGGAGAGGAAGUCCAGACAUAAAAACACAUAUCAAGCGGCGUCUCCCUGCGAGAGUCCCGACUCUCCGACGGACACACAAAACAGAGACAUAGUGCACACGAGAAGCAAGUCGGACCCUGGAAACGGCAACCUCCUCUCCAGCAACCGGAGAGAAAGCCAGAAUGCAGUUGUCACGUCUCCCACGUCCCCGGGGUGUCAACAGAUAGACGCCGAGGGCACCAGGCAGCAGGGCGGUUCUUAUGCAGACUCCGGGCCGCUGAGGCGGGUUCACGUCAAAGAGGGCUCCUCGCAGCAGAAGCUGCUCCGCAAGGUCCCCUCGCUCCCCGAGAGAGGCUGCCCCAACCUCAGCAACACCAAGCACAGCGACAGGAGCCACACGAGAGGGCACGAGCAGGAUCGAUUCAUGUCGGCCGACUCUGCCGGCGCUGUGAAACCCGGCAUCCUCAGGAGACCCCGGAGGUCACAGAGCACGAGAGAACACUACUAUCAUUACCACACCAAAUCCCCUCUGGAUCCCGAACAUCUGGGAUGCUGUUCCACUCAACCCAACAGAAGGACUCAGAGCACUAAAGUCCGACCCACACAAUACGAGCACAUGGAGGGGUAUUACGCAUCACCCCGACCUAAACCUUUAAAAUCCAGUAAAGCUGCGGCGGGAUAUUUACCUGGCCAGAGCUGCAUGUCUCCCCGAGGGCAGAGACUGCUGUCCAAGGCUCUAAGCCGCGAGGCUUUCUAUCACGCUGCACUGAGAUCAGACGCCGGGGUUUACGAAUGACUCCGCUCUUGAUCCCAUUCCAAACCGGGGCCAAAGGAGGAACCGCACUUUAUCCCCAGCAAGACCAAGCGUGUGUUGUGUUGCAAAGCGUGCUUGUUGUAAACUUCGGGAGCUGCUACAAAAAUGUGUGAAACGAGGCCGCCGCCGGCAUCGCUAGUAGAUUCAUAUUUAGCGGUGGCUGCCGGGGAAGCUCAAAGGGAACAAAAAUACGUCAAUAAAAAACAAUUUAAAAAAAAUCAGAUGUUGUCUUCAAUUUAAAGAAACUAGAAGAAGCAUGUUUGAUGGCUGAAAUGUUUAAUUUAAUGUAUAAACUACGGGAAAGAAUACGGCAAGGUACAUUAACUGGUUUUAGAAAAAAUAUUUUAAGAUUUUGAAACAUGUAUAAAAUAACAUUCAUUUUAAAUGUAUUAUAUUUGUAUGAAUAACACACAGCUAACACGUGGCCAAUGUACUGUACAUUUUGUUUUAUAUUCCAGUCUGCUCAGACUUUGACAAGCACUUUCAAGGACAACUGUGUAUGAGACACAUUGUAUUAAUGUGGUGUACAUGGAGACUAUUGAUAUACAGCUUAUAUAUUUUUUCUGUAAACAAACAGCUUGCUCCGAUUCAUUGUUUAAUGCUAAAAUAGCACCCUUGGUGGGUAAAAUGGAAGAUAACUCUCGGUUUCUAACUUUUCACGUUUUCAUUUUUCCCCUUUAUCUCACGUCGUAUAACGCAAUCUUCAAAUAAAUAUGAGUGCUAUGAUUUCUGUUAAGGUCAAAGCUACCGUGGCAACAAUACGCUCGACUCAAACGCAUUUCACGCUCAUGCAGGUAGGUGAGAAAGUGUAUUUUGUAUAACAUUGUGGUUUUGUCACGAGAUGAACAAUUCUUUCCUCUUUAUAGGGAACUUUUAACAAUGUGGUGUUUUUAAAAAAAAAAAGAUGUUUUAUUCAUUGAAGAUGCUAUUUCAAAUCCAAACAUGUUGAUGAAGGCAUUCUGUUAUGACAUGUCAAAUGAGUUAUUUUAGUGUAAAUUAAAAAAAAAUUAAAAAUAAAGAU